GUCCUGCAACGCUUCAGGCUUCGCUUUCUGGGUUGUAAUUCGUCCAAUGGACUCUGAUCAAGCGAAGCUCUUCGUCGGUGGUUUUUCCAAGGACACCACCGAAGCCACAUUGAAAGAACACUUCGGCCAAUACGGCGUCGUUUCGGGCUCGACGGUUACCAAGGACCGCGUCACAAGCAGUUCUCGAGGGUUUGGCUUCGUCUGGUUCUCUGAUCCGUCUUCCGCUGAUAAAGCCCUAGAAGACUCGCAUGUCAUUCUCGGAAGAAAGGUAGAUGUGAAGAAAGCAAAGCCCAGAAGAGCCUGGGCAUACCCCAUCCCCAACCCCAAAAACCAAGAACCACUGCCACCGCAACAACUGCAAAGUAGUAGUUUUGAGAGUGGCAGUAAUUUUAGAACAAGGAAGAUUUUUGUCGGGGGAUUGUCGCCGAGUGUAACUGAGUUGGAGUUUAAGAAUUACUUUGAGAAGUUUGGUAGGGUAACUGAUGUAGUGGUGAUGAUGGACAGCGCAACUCACCGCCCUCGGGGCUUUGGUUUUAUCACUUUUGAUUCAGAGGAGUCGGUUGAGAAUGUAAUGCAGAAGAACUUUCAUGAGUUGAAUGGUAAGUUUGUGGAGGUCAAGAGGGCUGUGCCGAGGGAGGAGAGUUACAGCAACAAUGAGAGGGGUUAUCAGCCGGGCAGUAAUCGUCCUCGAUAUACUGGUAGUCCUACUACAUAUGGAGUUCUUCCUACUCCUGCACCUUAUAAUGGUUUCGGAGGGUUUACUGGUGGAACAGGUGUUUAUGGCGGUUGGUACCCAUCGGGUGGAUACGCUGGGGUUCCUUAUGGCAUUACCCCAAUUGUUCCUCAGGCGUGGGUGUUUCCAUACGGCAACACUUUUUAUCCUGCCUACAUGAGUGGCGGGGGAUGGGUGGCGGCUGCUGCUGGUGGGCAUAACUUGUAUAACAGAGUGUCCGAGCCAGCUGUGAAUCGGCGUGGUUUUGUCAUUGAGCAUGCACCAGCGGAUGUGAAGUCGUCUGGGAUUGAAGGGGAGAAACUUGAUGUUGAUGGUGCUGCUUGACGGGGAAAAUCAACUGGGUCUCGACAGAUGACUUUAGCCUAACCAUUUUAUCCGUACAGGAUGACCUUUUGUAAUAUAAUUGCAUUCACGGUUCAGACAGUUGACUUUGGAGCUUAAGCAUUUGCAGGAUUGAUUUAAUCUGUAAAAACGAUUAGUCUUAUUUGGGAAUUGUUUUUCAAUCUGCGUUGAAAAUGUAGAUAGUUUUUCCUUUUGUUGUUAGAAACUCUUUUUCUUUAA